AUGCAUUAGGGAUCCUUUAUUUUGACUAAUCAGAAAUAUGCAGAGUUGGAUAUGUUCAGAAAAGAUGUUAGAGAGAAGUUUUCCUCCAAAUUUGACAAUCAAAAAACUGUACUUCAAAAAGCUAAGGAAUCUUAAUUGAAUCCUCAUCAAUCCAUUUUCAGAAAUAGUUAAUCACCAAAAGCAUACAAAAAUCAAUAAUAACAAUCUCCUAUACGAAUUAAGCAAUACUCCAAACACUCACCAGGUAGAUUGUCAUUUCAAAGAUCUAGUAUUGAUAUGGGUAAUGUUAAUUCUAGUCUGAAUAUACCCAAAAAAACUCUAAAUGAAAUCGUGCCUGUCGAAAUAAUUUAGGAUUUAGCCAGAGCGUUAAAAGGAUAAAGCUAUGCGGCUACAGAUUUAUAUAUGUAGGAAUUACGAAAGUUAUCCAAAAUGGUUUUAAAUGAAUGA